UCACAUUCCCAAGAGGCCGCGCGCGGGCGGGGCUCCGUACCCGGAAGCUGGCGGCGUCCGGUCCCAGCCUUCUCUGGGAGCCGGGAGUUAGAGACCCUCCGCUGAACUGCGCCCCACCGUCCGGAGCCCGCGCGCUCUCAGGGGGCGUCCGGACAGAUUAAAACCAUGGCCAUUCUUUUUGCUGUUGUGGCCAGAGGAACCACCAUCCUUGCCAAACAUGCUUGGUGCGGAGGAAACUUCCUGGAGGUGACGGAGCAGAUUCUGGCUAAGAUUCCUUCUGAAAACAACAAACUAACAUACUCACAUGGCAGUUACUUGUUUCAUUACAUCUGCCAAGACAGGAUUAUAUACCUUUGUAUUACUGAUGAUGAUUUUGAACGUUCCCGGGCCUUUAAUUUUCUGAAUGAGGUAAAGAAGCGGUUCCAGACUACCUAUGGUUCAAGAGCGCAGACAGCACUGCCUUAUGCCAUGAAUAGUGAGUUCUCAAGUGUCUUGGCUGCACAGCUGAAGCAUCAUUCUGAAAACAAGGGCCUAGACAAAGUGAUGGAGACCCAAGCCCAAGUGGAUGAGCUGAAAGGAAUCAUGGUCAGAAACAUAGACCUGGUAGCUCAGCGAGGAGAAAGAUUGGAACUAUUGAUAGAUAAAACAGAAAAUCUCGUGGAUUCGUCUGUUACCUUCAGAACAACCAGCAGAAAUCUUGCCCGAGCCAUGUGUAUGAAGAAUCUCAAGCUUACCAUCAUCAUUAUCAUCGUAUCCAUUGUGUUCAUCUAUAUCAUCGUGUCACCUCUCUGUGGUGGGUUUACAUGGCCAAAAUGUGUGAAGAAAUAAAGACAAGUUAACCAAGGACAUGCAAGAACAAGAAGUUAAAAGUUCCACGCGUCUUAAGCCUUUUCAUACUGACAGAUGGUGUCUGCCAGUCUCUUGAACCCUCCUCUUCUUUUUCUGUUUAUAAUCUUGUUCUAUGCAUCCAGAUUGAUCUCUGUCCUGUCAACCAAUUUAUUCCAAUACACUUCACAUUGAGCCAUUCAUUGCAGCAGUAGCCUUAAUGGGCUUUUUGUUUGUUUCUUUGAUUAACUACUGUCAUCUCCUUAGAGAAGUAUUUUUGUUUGUAAUUGCACAGAGCUGUCACCAAGGCAGAAAGCACCAGUCCUGGGAGCUAUCUCCUGUAACUAUAGGCGCGUUUCGUGCACGCACGCAGAAGUAUGCGAGGCACAGAUAGUAUUGCUAACAUCUCAUCUUUUUUUUUUUUUUGUUCUUGAAGGGUUUUAGGUGCUCCAAAACGAUAUACAUGGAGACUCAUUGUUAUUUGGGGAAGUAUAAUGACAUUGCUGGUGCUGCUUGCUUCUAGGAGCCCGGGCAGGUGAAGUAUUAGACACUUUAUCUCAUCAGAUGGGGAACCUUUUGCUAGCCCAUUAGAAGCACAUGGAACCAUCUUUGACCUCCUAGCAUUGACUUUCCAGAAGAAAGCUCUGACCAUUAACAAACCUCGCAGAGCCUGCUACUCUCUGUUUCCCCAUCACAGUUGAGUUGAGAAGAGGCUAGUGUCAAUGUUAUUGAAGGUUAUGUUGUUUAUAUGUUCUUCUUCAGUUGCUAUUUAGGGCACCUGUAUUGUUAAUGGGAUACGUCAUGGAGGGACGCCAAAGAAGAAGAGAAUCACGGCGAAUAUGCUGGCAUGUUUGCUGGGCAAAGGGAGGUAGCGUGGGGACUGUCGGCCAGUCUGGGAAAAUCCCAAGCAGAAUAUAGUCAACGGUCAACUCCAGGGUUUGCUGUUGAAUAACAGUCUGGGCAUCCUUUGUGGUUUCGUCAGUUCCUCAGCUACCUCGUUUUGAAUAAUCCUUUUGUGAAAUGAGAGUAGGCAAGAUGAGGUCUAGAAACAAUAUAAGACAGCUUGGCGUUCAUUGAAAUGCACUGUAAGAAAACUGGAGUUCUGUUUUGGCUACUCUGACAUCUGUUAGCUGAUAUGCACCUUGAAUGUGUAUCUGAAAGGACAUUUGCUGCCCAAGAUCUAAUUGCAUUUAUCAAAAAGUGCCAGGAAACGGAAAUUAAAUUACAUUUGAUUAUUUUCCCAACAAAAGAACAAAUUUGGUCAAUAAACCCCAGCCACCUGUUUAGCCUCGUCAUGUGCCUUGAAUAUAUAUAUAUAUGUCACAUAAUCUGGCUCACGCUACCUGUUUUUCAAUCUAAACCGUUCGAUUCCUGCUACCGGAUUCAUUUCUUUGACAUGUACGUUAGGGCCCCUGGAAGUCUUCCUGGUGAUCAGACAAAGCGCGAAUGUUUUUCCAGUCCUGUUUAUCAACACUAAGGCCUUUUAAUUACAUCAGCAUUUCCUAUUGGGAAACACAUCUGUUCCAGGAAAACAGCUGGCAUUCCUGAAUAAUAACUUCCAAAUGUCUUUAAUCCAAAGAAAAAGACUUACAAGUUACUUCCCUUUCUUGUACACAACUGAAAAGAACUGAUGUGCAUGUUUUAGGGAUAAAUUCCUCAACAGUCCCUUGAUCUGUUUAUGUAUAAGAAUGCUUUUAAAAGCACAUAUCUUGUUUUGAAUGAUGCACAAACUGAAGGCAUUAAUAAAAUUUCAGAGUCAUCUGA